AUGUAGCAUAAAUAGAUAAAAGCAACUACCUCAUAAAAUAUUCGUUAAAAGCUGGCGAUGAAAGACUCUUUUACUAAUAUUAAUUAAAUCUACAGUCAACCUCAUUCUUCAAAAGGAGCUGAAACUAGAAAAAAGGAAAAUGUAUAAGAUUGCAAUACUAUGAAGAAAAAAUUGUUUAAUAUGUUGGGAUAAAACUACAAUUCAAGCAAAGCAUUCUCUAUAUCCCCUACUAAUUCCCUUAAGCAGAAUUAUUUUGUUUCCACAUCAACUCAAUAAAAAUCAAAAUAAAUUAUACAAAAACAAAAUCACACCCUCGAUUGCCAUACAUCACUUACUCAAAAUCUCUAAGGAAAUCUAGCCAGGAAUGUAUAGUCAUAGCAAUCAUUAAAUUAAUUUGAAAAAUAUACUUCUUUCUUGGAGAAUCAAAAUUUUGAAAACCAGAAUCCUUCAGUUAAUCCAUCAAAAAAAGUUGGCAUUGCCAAACCUAACUCUAUUCAAUCUAAAAAUCAUAAAACUGACAGAAGUUCAUUAAUUGCAUUAUUUGAAAAAUUGCAUGAAAAGGACAGUUCUAAUAUGCAUCGUAAGUAAACAUCCCAAAAUUCCAAUUAUAUUAUUAAUGUUUAAAAAUAAUAGCUUCCAGAGUGCUUUUACACAGAAUUAAAGUUGAGACAAAAGAUUAAAGGAUCCUUAUCCAAUAAUUCCUCUGGCUAACUUUGCUCCCAUCUUAACCCUAAUUCAUCAUCUACUCAAAUUCAACAAAACCUUUAAAAUACCAUUGAGGAUAAUUUACAAUAAAUUAUUGAAAGGAUGUCAUAUAUACUCAAAAAUUAUUAAUAAAAGUUAAAACAGGUAGACUUUGAAAAGGAAGUAUUAAUAUAAGAAAUUCAGUAUUGGAAAUCGAAAUACCAAAAAUGUCAAUAAAAAUCAUCGAUUUCUUGA